CACAGCUUAGGUAGUGCGGGAGGAAUUUAGUGGGAUUUAGCUGCUCAGGAUUGAGUUUUCGAUGCUCAGGACCCCUCCAACAUGAAGAAAUGCCUUGAAUACGCCUUGCUCCUCAUCAUCUCUAUGCUUCACGGCUCGCUGCAGCAGAGAAUCAUCGGAGGACAGGAGGUUGAGCCCUAUUCCAUAAAGUACCAGGCCUCUAUCCAGUACAACAACUACCAUUACUGCGGAGGAACGCUCAUACACCGACAGUGGGUGGUUACUGCCGCCCACUGCUGGAGACCGAGCUAUUUAAUCAAAGUGGUUUUGAGUGAACACAACCUCUCCAGUAAAGAGGGUGUUGAGCAGGUGUUCAAUGUGUCCAGAGUUCUGGUGAAUUACAUGUACAGUUACAGGACAUUUGAUAGUGACAUUAUGCUCUUGAAACUGGAAAAGCCUGCAGAGUUCAGUGCCAACAUUCAGCCAGCUGUGCUGCCAACCUCACUCGCUCCCUUACAAGGUGGCACGUUUUGCACGGUGAGCGGCUGGGGCGUCACUCAGGUCUACAGUUAUUACCUGUCCCCAGUCCUGCGUGCUGUGGACGUCCAGAUCAUCCCUCAGUGUCAAUACUACUACUACUACAGAAUCACAGACAACAUGGUGUGCGCCGGCUCCCCGCUGGGCGGCAAAGACUCCUGCCAGGGCGACUCUGGUGGGCCUCUCAUCUGUAAUGGUUAUUUUGAGGGGAUCGUGUCCUGGGGCAUCAGUUGUGCCAACAAGUAUUUCCCAGGAGUCUACACCAAAGUCCGCAACUACGUUUCUUGGAUCAACUGGAUAAUCGAAAAUGACAACACCAACUAGAAUGUUCUUUUUGCAAAGGUUAUUGAACUGCCACACCAUAGAAAUGACACCAGACGGUCAAAAAGACCCAGUAUACUGAGUACAGCGGUCAGUGUCUGUUAGAUAAGAUAAAUACCAGCAUUGAAACUUGUUUUAUUCUGUUACGUUCUCAAACAAGGAUGUUCAAUUGAUGAAUGAAAGAAAAGAGCAGAGCAGGUUUUGAAUAUCACACUGCAAAAAAAAUAUUUUCUUAAUAUUUUUGUCUCGU